AUGGAGAUCGCCCGCUUCAACGACUCCGCCAUCACGAUGAACCUCUGCCUCCGCGCCGCAGGCAUUGAAUACUGCAUCAUCGGCGGAUUCGCCAUGAGCCAGCUAUCUGAGGACCGCGAAACCAAAAGGAUCGACUGCAUCGCCAACGCCUCGCAACGGCAAAUCGUCGACGCCGUCGACGCCGUCGACCACGGCGUCGGACUCACCGCAACCCUCCCCAAGAAUCGAGACGACUACGUCGACCUCCAAUGGACUGAGCUCGACCUCGACGACAAGAGCGACCCCGUGCCCAUCCGCGUCUUCUGCUCCAUCUACGCCACGGCUCGCGCCCGGCCGAAGACAUAUCUCAUCCGGCCGACGCCCCGCCAAGUCACGGGGGAGACAUGCGGUUCAGGUACGGUCAACUUCCACAGUCCCGUAGAUUUGUUCAAGGCUUCACUUGCAGCCGCGGGGGAUCGUUGCAGUUACCCGGACUCGUUGGAUCUGCGACUCUUGCUAGAGGAAUUCGAUGAGGAUAUCAAGCCGCAGCUGGAUGGUAUUGCGCUGGUGCAUAUUGGUCGGGCGAUUCGACAGUAUCGACAUUUGGAAGGGUUGUUUGUGGAGCUGGGGGUGAAUGUUGACAAGGCCAAGAUUGCGGCCAUGUCUUUCGUUCCGUUCAGAAAUCCGAGGGAAGAUCAAGAUGAUGUGCCGAGAGAUUUGUUUGAGAAGCUGGGGGGGAUUUGA